GCUCCCCGGCACCGCCAGCGCGGGCCGCGCCCACCAGUUGCCGAGCUCCCCGGCUGCGGGCAAAGUUCCCUCCCCCUCGGCCGACUCCACCUUGGCUGGGACGAUUCCCAUCACCAUGGGAACCAGCUCCGAGUCAGGCUCCGCGGCGGCUUUCUCUGUUUCCAGAGGGAUGUGAGCGGCGGCCCCGAGCGCCACGCUGACAGCGAGCGAGCGAGCGAGCCAGAGCCAGCCAGAGCCAGCCAGAGCGAGCGAGCCAGAGCCGCCUCCUCGGGAGCGGAGGGUCCCCACCCUGGGAGCCUCCGGACCGAGCCGCCCGCCCGCCCGCCCCCCCCCCCCAGGGCCUCAGGGGAUGGCGAUGUGAGCCCGGCUCUGUGGCCCCCGUGGCCCCCGCAGCCUGGCGGAGGCCCCCACCAUGAGUGAUGCGUGGACCCUGGACUACGAGGCCCUGUCGCCCUCGCUGGGGGGGCCGCCGGGCCCCGCGGGGCUGGACGCCGAGCAGCGCACCGUCUUCGCCUUCGUCGUCUUCCUGCUCCUCUUCCUCGUGGUCCUCAUGGUCCGGUGUUUCCGCAUCCUGCUCGACCCCUACAGCCGCAUGCCCGCCUCGUCCUGGACCGACCACAAGGAGGGGCUGGAGCGGGGCCAGUUCGACUACGCGCUCGUGUGAGGGACGGGGGAGGCGGGCGGCCCCUCCUCCGGGGUGGGAGUGGGGUGCCCAGCUGGGCUCGGCCCUGGACAGCGGUGGGCCUCCGCUGCAGACAGGCCUCCCAGCGGCCUUGGCCCAGCCUCCAGAGCCCCUCGGGCCCCUCGGGGGUUGCUUAAAGCGGAGGAGUCUCCACGUCCAGGGGGCCUAGGGCCCUGGGCCCCGAGGGCUGGGGAGGCUGAACGCUCCCGGGCGGGUUCCUCUUUCUUUCCCCGCCGGCUAGAGGAGGGCGAGCUCCUUCCGGGCCCGGGCUCGCUCCCGGCUCGGCUGGGGGAGCCGAGAAGGGGCCAGUUGGAGAGCCGUCUCUUUGAGGAAAGAAAGGGGAAUCCCGGGAGCGGAGCUGGGAAUUCCGUGGGGAGGGACCGACGGAGGCCCCGAAACCCGGGAAGGUAGUGGCGGUGGAGAGGGGGACCAGAUGGGAACAGGGGUGUGAACCCAAGAAACCGGGAUCCUGCCUCCCAGCCUUGCCAGCUCCCUACUCAGAUCAAUGACGUCCCGUCUCCUCGUCUUCCUCCUCCUCCUCCUCUCACCCUUCCUGCAGGGUGAGGGCAAGGGGUUCCCCACUCCUGGCCCAGGGUGUAUGGGACCUCUGCUCCCCGGCCGAAUGCCCACGUCCCUUGGCCGUCGUGGAGAGCUCUACCCCUCUGAGCUGCAAGGACCCUCCGCUCUGGUCCCCCCCACGCCACCCCAUCCCUUCCAAUCCCUGGCCGGUGAGGAGCGGACCCCAGGCCUUCCCUGGAAGAUCUGUGCUGUUGGGUGAAGUCCUGAGCUCCACUGCCUCUUCCUCUCCUCUUCUUCCUCCUCCUCCUCCUCCUCUCUCAAUCCCACCCCCCAACCGGAUCCUAGGGCUCAGAGAGAUGGCCAGCCCAGACAGUCAGACACAGCCCGUCUCCCGGCAGGCUGACAGGCUGCCAGCCCAGACUGGCAGAAAGCAGGGCAGAAGCUGAAUUCCUUCUUUCCCCUCUGACUCUAAGGCUGUUUUCCCUGCUAUGUCCCCUCCCCCACCUUGAGUGUCAAAUUCCCCCUAACUCGUGCCCUUGCCCCUCAGCAUCAUCCCCUUCUGCUUGGCUUCCCUCCUGUUUUCAGAUCCCUACUGCAUCCCUACCCAGGCUCGGGCCUUGGGUUUCUGCUCUGGCUCUAGACAGAGGCGCCCCGUCCCGUUCUGGCUCCCUUCUGCCCCCAGCUGAGAUUCCCUGCACAGGGAGGGUGGGGUAGGGAGGGUUGGGGGAAGUGGAUAGGUGAGAGGUCUGGGGGGGUCGCAGGCCUCUAGUGAUGCCCCUUCUGCUGAUCCUGCGCCAGAAGGGAGGCCGUCAGGUGGAGAGAGGGCAGCAAGCAGGUGCUGCCCAUCCUGGGCAAAGUUGGUGCUGCCUCCCUGGACACUGCAGGCAGAGCCAGGGAGGUAACCUCUCCCAGGGAAAGUGGGUGUUGGGACUGUGGGGAGGAGAGGUGAGGGAUGAGAGGAAACAGGAGGGACCGGACAUUAGCGUCCCCAUCGGACAGAGGGGGAAGGCUCAAAGCAGGAAGGGCUGGCUAGCUCUGUAAUCCACUGAGUCAGGGGCAAGGCUGGGAUAAGAACUCGAGUCCUGCAUGUCAUUCAAGGAAGGGGAAGACUCAUCUGGGCGAGAGAAGUCUCUUCCUCUACCUCCCCUCGUCCCCUUUCUGCCUGGCUGAGAUACUGAACUAAGCUCUGCAUCGUUUCCUUCCCUUCCCAGUGUGCUAUGCAGGGGAUGACCCAGACUCCUUGGCAGUCUCGCUCUUCGCUGGGGACUGUAUCCCGGGGGUCCAUCCCAGUCACAACAGAGCUGAGCCCCUCCCGCCCCCCGCCCAAUCCCGGGGAGACCAGGAACCUCACAGGCUCCUCCACAGGGGGGCAGGGGCAAUCUGGGUCUAAAGAGAGCCCCCCACUCCCCAGCCUGCAGACUCACGACUUGGACCCCAAAGAGAGGGAUGGGUCCAGAACCAAAGUCUUCUCUGCAUUUGCGAGUCCAGGCCUGUCCAACUCAGACUGCCCCCCCACACCGGAGAUUGCACUCUGCCCAGGCGCAGAUCCCCCAGGGAGUCUAAAUGGCAGGAGCAGACAGCUCCCCUCUUCUAUUCUGUCUCCCUGGCGUCCAACCCUUCCCUUUACGGCCCGCUGCCUGGAGCUCGGACUAUCCACCGGCUGGGGGGGAGGGGGUAAGGGAGCGUCCCUGGUGUCGCCUAUCUGGCGCUGUCUGGGGUGCUCAUUGCUCCCCGCCCCGCCUCCUUGCCCUCCUUCCGGAGGCGAGCCGGCUCCUGGCAGUCUUGUUCCCAAGGAGCCCCUGAGCGGACCCCCGCCUCCCCACCCUCAGUCAGUAACGGUCCUGUCCCCUCGUGUGCAGAGUGCCCUACCGGGCCCCGUACAAAGCGCAAUGGCACAGACCCAGCUCCUGCCCUCUAGAACCUUCCAAUCGAAAUCAGACAACCUUGAUGUGGACGUGCCCGAAGGCCGAAGAGGCCCCGGGAAACAUUGUAAAACCAAUACCGAGAAGAUGCAGAAACUGGGGCCAAGCAAAGAAUAAAAUGAAAAAUAAAUAUUUA